AUGAGUAAUCCAGGGUAUUAUGAAUUAUACAGAGGGUCAACUGUGGGAACAACAUUGUUUGAAUCAUUAGAUCAACUCAUCACUGACGAAAAAAUUCAACCUCAAUUGGCCGUUACCAUCUUAUCCAACUUUGAUAGAAUCAUUUCCGAUAUGAUGAAACCUGAAAAUAACUUGGUCAAAAGUAAGUUAACUUUCAAAGGAGAUUUAAGUACUUAUAGAUUCUGUGAUGAUGUUUGGACUUUUAUUAUCAAAAACGUCAAUGUCAAAUUGAAUGAUGUUUCCAAUAGUGAUUUAAGUGAUGAAGUGGUUGUGGAUAAAUUAAAAAUUGUUGCUUGUAAUCUGAGGAAAGCUGGUGAACCUUAG